GCGGCUGACGUCACUUCCGGCGGCUCCCCGCACUGUCUUCUGGGAAUUGUAGUUGUGUGAAUUCCGUGCUGCUGACAGGAAAGGCAGACAUGAUCCGCUUCAUCCUCAUCCAGAAUCGGGCCGGGAAGACCCGCCUGGCCAAGUGGUACAUGCAGUUUGAUGACGAUGAGAAGCAGAAGCUGAUUGAAGAGGUUCACGCCGUGGUGACGGUCCGAGACGCCAAACACACCAACUUUGUGGAGUUUAGGAACUUUAAGAUCAUCUACCGCCGAUACGCCGGCCUCUACUUCUGUAUCUGUGUGGAUGUGACGGACAAUAACCUGGCGUAUCUGGAGGCCAUUCACAACUUUGUAGAGGUGAGGAGCCUGUCAUUGGUGGGAUCUGCCCUGUGA